AUGGUCAAGCUCGUCUGCGCGAUCGUUGGUAGGAAGGGAAGCGCAUUUGUUGUGAAUAUCGACCCGAAUCAGUCGAUGGGGGAUUUGAAGAAGGCGAUCAAGGUGGAAAGAAUGUACCAGUUUCCUGCGAAUGAACUUCAGCUCUUCCCUGCCAAGACGGUAGACGGCAAGUGGCUGGCCUCGAGCACGGAAGAUGUAAUACAGUUAAAUAUGGGCGAGAUGACUACUUUCGUCGUAGAGAUAACGAAAGAAGGCCUUGAGCUGCAGGGGGAGGACCCUGUUUCCGAUCUCCUUGAAGGUAUGGAGACUCCAAAAGGGAGACAAAUUCACGUGCUGGUGGUGGUUCCAGAGCAAGCGACGGCAUUCGGUAACGAGUGGAAACGGAAAAGGGCGGAUGAAGAUGCCCUGGACGCUUGGAUGAAGGCAAUUAAGAACGAGCAGGUUACAGUAUUACCAUUGACUUGUGAAGAUUUGAAAGAGUACCUGCAACGGCCGCUUCGUAUCAAAAUUCCCAUCUUGGAACAGUUUGACCAGAUGUUCGAUCAGCUGAACACUAGUGGAGAGUGUACUAGCCUUUUUUACGACUUGUUUGAACCUGAACCACGUAAACGAGUUGGGUAUGAAACUAUAGCGAUCGUGAGGAAUUUUGUUUAUCCUCCUGACAUCUAUGAGUUUAUAACCGAACCAACAUACCAUUACUUGUGGGAUAGCCUCAUUGCGACGUUGCUAAAGCGCGUGGUAAGUGGGCGCUAUUGUCGCAAUACGAAUGCGUCUACUUCUACUGACCUCUAUCGACCAGAUUUGUGCUUUUACUACGGCAAUAGCAAUGUGUGCGUAUUUCGCGGGGAAGAAGAAGCAUAUGGAGCGUUGGAAGUGCCGAUCAAAGAAUUGCACGAGCAACUGAUAUGGAGGUAUGACGCUGCGCCGUACAUUUUUGGCUACGCUGCUGUAGGGUUGCAAGUGUGCUUGGUAGCUCUUCGGAAAAACGAGAUGACGGAACAUGACGUGAAAGUGGAAAUCAUCGAAACAUACGAUCUAGAUGAUCUCAGUAGCCGGCUUUCGCUAUUUCUCGCAUUGCUGAAUCUUUCGACUCUUUUCCGACCAGUUGUAAAUUUUAUCCAGCCGCUAGACGUACGCGAGUACGGUACUAUCACAAGAGGCAAUGGUGUGCAGAUAUUGUUUGCAGAGGAUUGUGUGGUGAAGACGUAUCCCUCGGAUAUGCCAAGUGACAGCAUCAUUCAGAACUUGAAGGAUCUACAUUGUCGAAUGAAGGAACGUUCGGUCCCGAACGUUGUGCAGCUAAAAAGCGGAAACAUGACGAAAAGACACGUAACGCUUUCUCCUGUUGGUCGACUUGCUGCACCUGAAAGUAUCCACCAGCUCCUGACGGCCUUACGCGAUAUACUCAAGGCGCUAGUGGCACUGCACGCCAUCAAUAUUAUGCAUCGAGACUUGAGAUGGAAUAAUGUGCUGAAGUAUCAAGGUGAAGAUGACAAGUGGUUUCUAAUUGACUUCGACGACGGAGCACUGUCACCGGCUGCAAAAGUGGAACAUUUGAAGACGGAAUCGCAUGCUCCUGAAAUGCUGUCAUGUUCGUUCCAUACGGUCAAGGUCGACAUUUGGAGCGUGGGCUACCUCAUACAGACGUCAAACAUCUUCGAUCUUCCGGCUAAUCUGGAGACUAUCAAAGCAAAGUGUUUGCAGGAGAGUCCGAAGAAGAGACCCACGGCAGUAUCACUCUUUAGGACAAUUGAAAACAUAUUAAGAGCUGCACAAGCUUACAAGCAAACAGUACAUGUUCUUCCGACGCAAUAG